UCAAAUUAGAUGGUUUUCAGCGCAUGCUCUUGAGCGCUUGAAAAUUGUUAUCUUUCGUGCGAUUUUGAUAGGGGUUGUAGAAGAAGACCGUUCUUGGAUUCCGAUUUAUCAUCUUACAAUAUGGCCUAUGGCUCGACUUCCGUAAAUAAGAAGGUGGAAUUCAAAAUUCCAUUAAUUCCUAAACACCAGCGCUGUUUGAAAUGUGGGGACAACUGUCCAGGGCUGGAACUACAUUACUGGAGGAAAAUAUGUAAGAAUUGUCGAUGCUCCAGAGAGGACCACGAUCUCCAUGGAAAUGAAAGCGAUGAUGGGCAACCAAUCGGAAUGCUUCUCGAUAGUAUACCACGCCCAACCAGCAACAUUCAUCCAAUGACCAGACCUCCAAUAUCAGACUUCCAAACUCCCGUGUCUCCAGUAUCCACGAACGGUAGAUUCUCAGGAAAUUCCGGGACAGCAUAUGUGGACGACCCCCGGACACUAACAGACAUUUAUGGAUCCGAGACAGACGUUGUGCUAUCUCGAGUUAUCUCAGAAAAUAUACGAUCACAGAAAUACAUUUCGAUGAUGCCCCCCGACAAACAGCUUUUUGCUGCCCAGCUGAGGAGGAGGCAACUACAGAAACAACUCCCCCUACACGACCUUCACCCCAAGUUCUGUUGUAGUCUGACAGAAAACGAACUCUUUAAGUUCCAGAAAUUCUGUAACAAGCGAAGAUUGAAAGCUGCAGGAGUGGGACGGAUAAUGGAAGUCAAAGAAGCCGCUAACUUUAGAUGUCAUCGCUGUAUAAAGAACAUUAAUGCAGGUGGGUUUUGUGUCGCUGCUGAUCAUUUUGGAUCGGGAUCGGGAUGGCACCCCGGCUGUUUUACGUGCGCAACCUGUAACGAGCUUCUGGUAGACAUGAUAUACUUCUGCAGAAACGAGGAAAUAUACUGCGAGCGGCAUUAUGCAGACACCAUAUACCCACGGUGUGCUGCAUGCGAUGAGAUAAUUCUUGCUCGCGAGUAUACACAAGCUGAAAAGCAAACAUGGCAUGUGGAACAUUUUUGCUGUUGGAACUGUGAUGCGCCCCUAGCAGGGCAGAGAUAUAUUGCCAAGGAUAGCAACCCUUUCUGUAUGAUAUGCUUCGAUACCCUGUAUAGCAAGAGUUGUAACACAUGUGGUAAAACUAUAACAGCUGACUCGCCGGGAUUGUCCCACGGAGAUUUCCACUGGCACGCAUGCCCACACUGCUUCAGCUGUCACGGAUGUAGUCGUAACCUGAUAAACCAACAGUUCCUGCUUAAAGAGGGACAACUCUUCUGUUCUAUUGACUGUAAACAAAGAAAUGCCAUCACAUGGUCUCAAAAUGGAAUUCAAAAUUUGCAUAUUCAUUGACAUGUAUUUGCUUAAUAGGGAGGACACCAUCGUAUUUAUUUUUAAUGUUUUCAGUGUACAUAUGCAGACGAUAUUAUUCUAAGUAUUAAAUGUGUUUAAGAAGUCUAUAAUAUCUCUCUCUCUCUCUCUCUCUCUCUCUCUCUCUCUCUCUCUCUCAUUGCAAAUCGGAGCAACACUGCAAUUUACAUGUAGAUAUAUAGUACAUAUAAUUUCCAAGAAACCGUUUACCAGAUGUGUACUCAGUAAUGGUUUCGUUUUUAUUUUGGCCUGCGUGCCAUAUUUAUGUUUUAACAAUUCUACAGUUUCCAAUUGUUAUCAAUAAAUUAUCAAAAAAUA